CUAGCGACUGCGCAGUGGUCCACUGGAGCAGAUUGUACGGGGAUAAAGAGGAAAAGAAAUUUUCUUUUCUUGCUGUGGGGUUCGCUGAAGGGCUGCAGGAUUUGCCUUAAACGUUACAUAAAAUUUCAAUAAUAAUUUCAUUUUAAAUUAAUUCCGAGCUAGACAAGAAUGCAGCUAUUGCGGCCACGCCUCCAGUUCCAGUUGCAGUUCGAGUUAAGCUAAGUGAGCAAAGAUGUGUAAAAUUCAGAAAAACGCAUUCGCAUAGGGCGCCAAUUUGUGCGCUGUAUAUAAGAAAAUUUGCUUAAAAGAAAUUUCCAAAAGAAUUAAUUUCCAAAAAAAAUUCAGUUGUUCUUUUUAGUUAAAUGUGUCUUAAGUUAAGUUCGUCUAUGUGAAUAAUCAGAAAUUCAACGGCCGUAAUUCGACAAAAUUUCAACAUUCAGACAAAAUCGAUAAGCUUCAGCAUCCGUACAAUUCGCACUACUUGAUAGCCACAGAGGGGGCCGCCGUCAUCCACCCAAGCACCAACCACCCAACCACCACACACCAGGGCCACCAGCAUUCGCAUUAACCACCCCACCAGAUAGUAUUCGCUCGUAAUCGCCAUCAACAUGUCAUUCAUAACGAAAUUGAAAGCGACACCCAUGCCACCGAUGCCACCAUUGAAGAACAUACUCAAUGUGGCCAUGCAAACGGCCAGACAGCAAUUUCCAGAGCGCAAGGAUUACCAGCAGCCACCUGGGACGAGCAGCAGCCAUCCGCAGCAGAGUCAAGGUCACGGCAUGUUGCCGCCAGCCGAUGCGAAUGCCGUUGGCGGCGAUCAGCCCACAGAGAUGAGCUCGAAUCCCUUUCGCAAUGCCAGCAGCUGGUCAAACGAGGAGGCCGAUGGGGACUACAAAACCGAAUACCAGAGCACAUCCUUUGUGGGCAAUGAAUACGAUGGCAGAUAUCAGCAGGCCGAUGGAUUCAGGCAGGGCAGCAUCGCCUCGGAGGCCAGCUCAUUUGUGUGCGAGGGUGAAGGUGGCGGCGGCUCCAAGAUCGACGAGUUCCAGGCUGCCUGGAACGUAACAAAUGCCAUUCAGGGCAUGUUCAUCGUAUCGCUGCCAUUUGCCGUGCUCCAUGGCGGCUACUGGGCCAUCAUUGCCAUGGUUGGCAUUGCGCACAUCUGCUGCUACACGGGCAAAGUGCUGGUGCAGUGCCUAUACGAGCCGGAUCCCAGCACCGGUCAGAUGGUGCGCGUACGGGACAGCUAUGUGUCCAUUGCCAAGGUAUGCUUCGGUCCCAAGCUGGGCGCUCGUGCCGUCAGCCUUGCCCAGCUGAUUGAGCUGCUGAUGACCUGCAUAUUGUAUGUGGUUGUCUGCGGGGAUCUGUUGGCGGGCACCUAUCCGCAGGGCUCAUUCGAUUCACGCUCCUGGAUGCUCUUCGUGGGCAUCUUUCUGCUGCCCAUGGGUUUCCUCAAGUCGCUCAAAAUGGUAUCCACGCUGUCCUUCUGGUGCACCAUGUCGCAUAUUGUGAUCAAUGCCGUCAUCCUGGGCUAUUGUCUGCUCCAGAUUGGCGACUGGGGCUGGUCCAAGGUGCGCUGGAGCAUUGACAUGGAAAACUUUCCCAUUUCCCUGGGCGUCAUUGUCUUCUCCUACACCUCUCAGAUCUUUUUGCCCACUCUGGAGGGCAAUAUGAUCGAUCGCUCCAAGUUCAACUGGAUGCUCGACUGGUCGCACAUAGCCGCCGCGAUAUUUAAGGCUGGCUUCGGUUACAUCUGUUUCCUCACCUUCCAGAACGACACGCAGCAGGUGAUAACUAACAAUUUACACUCGCAAGGCUUUAAGGGCAUGGUCAACUUUUUCCUGGUCAUCAAGGCCAUUCUCAGCUAUCCAUUGCCCUACUAUGCCGCCUGCGAGCUACUGGAGCGCAACUUCUUCCGUGGUCCGCCGAAGACCAAAUUUCCGACCAUUUGGAAUCUGGACGGUGAACUGAAAGUGUGGGGCCUGGGCUUCCGCGUGGGCGUCAUUCUCUCCACCAUACUUAUGGCCAUAUUUAUACCACACUUUUCGAUACUAAUGGGUUUCAUUGGCAGCUUCACGGGCACCAUGUUAAGCUUUAUUUGGCCCUGUUACUUCCACAUCAAGAUCAAGGGCCAUUUGCUCGAUCAGAAGGAAAUGGCCAGAGACUACGUCAUAAUUGGGCUGGGUGUGCUCUUUGGGGUUAUAGGCAUCUAUGAUUCCGGCAAUGCCCUGAUCAAUGCAUUCGAGAUCGGUCUUCCAUUUUAAAUGUUUUACUCCAAUUGUUACAAAACCUUUUUAUAGAUUAGUUAACGAAAGCUCUAAUCAAACUGGGUACUACGAAUACCAAGAUAUAUAUAUAUACAUAUAUUUGUUGGGUUUGUGGCCUGUAUUUUUGGCAAGUCUUCCAAAACUAUCGAGUUGUCAAAAAAAUGCCAGAUGCAGUCCACGAUAAAGAAACGUGUAACAAUAAACCUAGUCUAUAAGAAAUGAAACGCAAGUCUUCCAAAACAAGCGAACAAAUGUCUUCCAAACAUUGAAAUAUAUAUAAUAUAAAAAUCCUAAGCUAAUUUAAGUAACGAGUAUCUAAAGAGAUUAUAUAGAGGGGGCAAAAAAAAACCAACUUCCAAAUGAAAACAAUAAACCAUUAUACAAA